AUGUUUGCAAACCUCAUAUGUGUACCACUCCGGCUCUUGGAUCCAUUGAAUAUCAAGGAUGCGCUAACCGAAAUUAUCAAGAAGGAUUUUUUCCAACCGGCGUCGGCGUUCUUGGACGAUCUCAAUCGGAUCCAGCAACUUCACAACUACAUAUCAUCCGAGACUUCAAGCUCUGAUUUAGACGCAUUGGAGUCCGCCCUUUACGAAUACUAUUACCUAGUUGGAGAUAUUUCCAGCAAGUUUCCUAACACUGGCCUUACAGUCACCUGGUACGGCACCCUUGGUCAUAAACCGGUUAGGUGUCUCGCAUCCUCGUGGAGCGAGGUGCAAGGGAGUAUUGUUCACCAGUUGGGAAGUUUAUACUGCCAGAAAGCCUUCAAGGAAAGUCAGUACACAGAUGAGGGCAUUAAAGCUGCGUGUUCUUAUUUUAAGCUCUCUGCUGGCUGCUACGAGUACGUACAAACCAUAGGCGUACUGGGGAGGGAUUACGAGGAGACCACUUUACAAUGCUUACAAUGGCUCAUGUUGGCACAAGCCCAAGAACUUACCUGGAAUAAGGCCAUAUCUAACAUAUCCAUGAAGAAUACCGUGAUUGCAAGAUUGUCUAUCAAAGUGUCUGAAAUGUACGCCAAUGCUCUUGAAUUUGCCGACAAGUCCGAUUCGAUAAUUUUGGAUUGGAUCAACCAAUUCAAGGUAAAAAAGCGACACUUUAGUGCUGCAGCACAGUACCGCAUGUCAAUCGUCUCACUAGAUGCAUUUGAAUAUGGAAAGCAGGUGGCUUAUCUAAAGGAAGCAUCAUCCUUCUGUUCGGAAGCUGGCAAAUAUAAGCGUUAUGUGAAUGCAGCCGUCAUAGAAGAUCUACAGGGCCUAACCACUAUGGUUAAUGAAACGCUUCGAAGUGCCCAGAAAGACAAUGACUUAGUGUAUUUGAAGCCAGUGCCCAAUUUCCAAGAUCUACCUCCAAUAAAUGGAGUAUCCAUGGUCAAUGCCGAGGUUCCAAAGCGAUUGCACGAGAGAGGAGAUAUUCCAAAGGCAUUUGCCACUCUUUUGCCCUUCGCUAUUAUCCAAGUUGCUCAAGCCUUUAAGGAGAGGUAUGAACAAUUUAUUUCACAAUCGUUCCAUAUUCCAGUCGAAGCACUCACGAGGAUGUUGGUGAAAUUCCUCACUGAUAAUGAUUUGCCAGCCUCGAUAGAUACGCUUCAGAAGCCUGAGAGCUUGCCUGACUCAAUCAUUCACCACUCGCAGGAAAUUAUGUCUAUCGGAGGUAUCAGGUUGAUGGAGUCUUCCAUGUCAGAAAUCUCAAAAUUGGCAGCAAAGGCUCACGAUCUCAUACAAUCAUGCGAGGAGAGACUUCGUAUGGAAAAAUAUGAAGACAAUUUAAUGAGAGAGCGCGAGGGCUCGGCGAGAUGGAACAGGCUACCUUCUCAAGUUGCGGCUGGUGAUUUCACCACCAGAUUGGGCAAAAUGAAGGAAUACCUAGAGCGAGGCCAUCAAAGUGAUAUUAUGAUUGGGGAUAACUAUGCCUCUAUCAGGAAGUUUUUGGAGAUUUAUUGUGCUGGUCAGGAGGCGUUGAUCAAAGCGAUUCCCAGAUCCACCCUUUCGAACCUCAGCUCCGCAGUAGCGCAUCUGGUAGCAGAGUUGCGAGAUCUACUUAGAGAGGCAGACUCCUUAGAGAAGAGCAGACACAGGUUUCUUUCCAGCAUUAACAUCAAGGCAAGGGACCAUAGCAUUCUUCCAGCUAUUCUCAACGAGUUUAAGAAGAAUCCAGAACAGUACCAGGACUCCAAGGGUAAUAUUGACACAACGAAAUUAGAGGCAGUUUACGAACGCCACAUCAAAUUCUUCAGUUCUGAUCUCAAGUUCUUAGAAAAUCUGAAAGAACAACAAAUCGAACUUGAGAAGAAGAUCCACGAGGCGAAUGCUGGCUUCUCUCAAGCGAGAACCGUAGACUACGACAAAUCGCAGAGAAAACGACUCGAGGUUCUUCAAAGUUUUGAAGAAGCAUAUGCUCAAUACUUGGACCUCGUAUCAAACUUGAAUCUGGCCUCCAAGUUCUAUGGCGAUUUUCUCGAGAAAGGAAGUGUGGUUCUACGUGAAUUAGAUGAGUUUCUCUACUCCAGGCGAGAGGAAGCACGAGAGCUCGAGAUCUCCAUCCAUAAUUCCGACAAGUUUAGUGAAAUCGAACAUUCAAUGUCGAAUUCAGGGUCGUCCUUGCCUGCACCAAGGGGCCAGAAAGCGAACACCUGGGACACUUCUAAAGGAAUCAACAGUGCGCACACUUCACCAAGGUUUUUCGAUGAGUAUGGAGAGUACAUGAUCCUACGGUAUCUUCGAUAUAUGAAGAAUUACGUCAUGACGCAACCAAAGAAGAACAUCAUCACUAUUGUUGGCACCACCGGGGUGGGCAAGUCGCAAUUAAGUAUAGACUUGGCCAAGGCCAUCAAUGGAGAGAUUAUCAACGCCGAUUCUAUGCAAGUAUACAAGCGUAUCCCCAUUAUAUCCAAUAAGCAUCCAAUAAAAGAUAGAAAGGGCGUGCCGCAUCAUGUCAUGGACCAUGUUGAGUGGAAUGAAGACUACUUUAUCCAUCGAUACAGCGAGGAAGCAAACGCUGCCAUUUCAGAUAUCCAUUCGAGAGGUAAGACUCCCAUCAUUAUUGGAGGCACUCAUUAUUAUCUACAGAAUCUUAUUUUCAAGAAUAAAACCGUUGGAGAGAAAGAAGACAAGGAGACUUUGAAGAAACUCAGUGCGGAGGAGCAAGAGCUACUAGAUGGCCCAGUCGAGGCGAUUUUCCAGAGGUUAACGGAGGUCGACCCAGUGAUCAGCGAGAAGUUUCACCCACAAGACAAGAGGAAGCUCAGAAGGGCACUUGAAAUAUUCUUGACAACUCGCCAGAAACCCAGUGAGAUUUAUUACGAGCAAAAACUAGAUGAGAUCGAGGACUCAUCAUUGAAGUUCAACAGUCUACUUUUCUGGCUAUAUUGCGAGCCAGAGACUUUAAAGGAACGUCUCGAUAAGAGAGUGGACGCCAUGAUGGACUCGGGAGCGUUGGCGGAAAUCCAGGAAAUGAACGCUUUCUAUCAAAGGGAAGACCCAAGGCCAGAUUGUACCAAUGGAGUGUGGCAAGUUAUUGGAUUCAAAGAAUUCCUUCCUUGGCUUGAAAGUGGUCAAUCCAAUCCAAAUCUAUUUCAAGAAGGUGUCGAACGAAUGAAGAUUCGAACUCGCCAGUACGCUAAGUAUCAAGUCAAGUGGAUUAAGAAGUUAUUGGGUGUAGAACUCAAUAAGGAAGCACGCUUCAAUUUCAAAUAUGGAGGAAAAAUGUACCUUCUCGAUGCAACGGAUUUGAAUCAGUGGGAAGCAAAUGUCGGAACCCGAGGUUGCAAAAUUGCUGAGCAAUUCCUUACAAAUGGACCACUAGGAGUGGUAGAACCUCAGGCACCAGUGGCCCUUCUCAGCAUACUUCCAACUUCCGAAUUCUACGAGGAGUUCAACAGCAAUAAAACCAUUAAAUCCGUAUCUAACUGGAAACAUUUUGAAUGUCCUGUUUGCAAAGACUCAGAAGGGAAGCCGUUUAUCGCUGUGGGAGACGACAAUUGGAAAGUUCAUGAGAAAAGUAGAAGACAUAAAAAGCAAUUAGGCUCUGCUGAGCGGAAGAGAAAGCAUGAGGAGACAUUGGCCAAGUUCAAGAAGGCCAAGGAGGAGGAAAAUGCUGCUUAG